AUGACGUGGUAUGAAGCCCACGGGCACGUGCGUCUUUCUCUACUGGCACCGGCGCUUCCUUCUCGGGGUUUGAAAAACAUGCUCCGGUCCCUCGACCCGUCGUUUGCGUGCGUCACGAUCCCGUACUUUGACUACGUUCAAGACAGCGUCGCAUUCCGCGCCGGGUCGUGCAAGUCUGUCUCGGCUUGCUCGAGCAUUGCGCGCGAGCUCACGGGCUUCAAGACGUCGUUCCAGUGGAGCCGCGGCAACUGGGCGACCGCCAAAUUUACACCCGACAUGAGUUUUGUCAACAUCAAAUCGACCGUGCUGCCGUCGGGCCAGUCGAAGACGCUCGCCGAUGUGAGUAGCAGCAUCGAAGGCCGUGUCCACAACUCGGUGCACAACUUGCUCGGCGCUGACAUGACAACGGCGUCUUCGCCCAAAGAGCCCAUGUUCUGGUCGCACCACGCGCUCAUCGAUCUCCUCCACACCAUCAACUUUGAGUGCCGCGCCAAGGGACUCCCGAAGAACGACCCCAAGGUCUUUUCGAGCUGCUCAGUGCGCAGCGGCGCUGCCAAGGUCGAUGCGAACUCGGUCGUCAACAUGCUCGAAGACGGCACGAGCCAGAACGUCGACGAGACGGCGGUCACCAAGCCGUGGUUUGCCGGUGUCCCCAACAAGUACUACGAUCUCUCGGACGUGACGCAGCUCGGCGCCUUUAGCUACAACUACGAGAUGAGCGGGUUCCUCAAGGACUUGCUCACCAACUGUGACAACGUCGUCCCCGACAACCGCGAAGACGCCGUCAUCGUCGACACGCCGCACGUCCUCAAGAGCACGUACCGCAAGGACAAUGCCGACGAACGUGUCUGGCAGCGCGCCAUGAUGCAACUCGGUGCCGCUUCGAACCUCACGGUCUCGGACGCCGAGCUCGAGAUGGAAAAGGUGCAGACGCUUUUGUACGAAAACUGCUUUCCCGGCACGAUCCAGGAUUUCGACCCCGAAACAUGA